AUGUUGUAUAACAAAGCGUUGCUGUACAUUUCUUUGCCUACACUAAAGUCAUAUAAUAAUUUUCAUCAAGAAUUGAUUCGUUCAAUAAUCAUCAAUAAUGUAACAGACGGUCUUACAAUUUAUAUAUCAUCACCAAAAUUUGAAAAUUAUUCCAAAACCUCGCCAAUUUCAAGUUGGAAUGAAAUUAAUGACUUUUUAAAUGCUGUUUACAUCUGUGGUUCAAAAAUUGCAUAUGAAAUUGAAAAGUAUUUUAUUGAUAUUGUUGUCAUUUUUGAGAAUUGGUGCGGAUAUCAAGUGGAAUUGGGAAAAGAUUUUCAAGCUUUUUUUGGGAAAAAGAAUGUUUUGGAAGGAUUUAAUGAAAAUCGAAAGAAUUCAAAUUUAAUUGAAUUACCAAUUCAUUUCAUAAAAAGUAAUUCAUCACCACAAUUAUCACCACCACCACAACAAACUGGAAUUAUCAAAAAUGGUGAUGACAAUAAAUCUUUGGGAAAAACAAUAUAUCAAAGUGUUGCGGUGGGAGGCACAUUCGAUCAUUUACAUGCAGGCCAUAAAAUUAUGUUAACUAUGACAGCUUGGAUUUCCCAAAAAAAAAUUACAUGUGGUGUUACAGCUGAAAAUAUGCUUAAAAACAAAAAAUAUAAAGAAUUCUUGGAAUCAACUGAGGUGCGCAUUGAAAAAGUUACCAAAUUUCUUAAUUCAAUUAGAUGUUGUUUAGAAUAUAAGGUUGUUCCUUUAUAUGAUAUUUAUGGUCCAACGGUAAUAACACCUGAAAUUCAAGCGCUUGUUGUGUCCAAAGAAACACUCAGCAAUGGUGAAAUAAUUAAUGAGGAAAGAAAAAAAAUUCACCUUGAACCAUUGGAUAUCUUAGUAAUUGAAGUAAUAUCACCAUCAAGCUCCUCACUUAAAGAUGAUGAAUUAAAUUUAAAAUUAAGUUCUACUCAUAUACGUGAACUAUUAAUCAUCUAA